AUGGGGAUAAAAUCGCAACUCUGCACUCUGUUGUUGAUUCUUUCUGUCUCAAGUCAAUUCUCAAGUUGUAACAACGCAAAGGAUAUAGUCCUCGACUCUGAUGUAAUCGAGGAGUACGGAGACACUAGUAGAAUUCCUUAUUCUUCUUAUAUAUUCCGUCACCAAACACUCCAACAAAAAGGGUACUGGUACCGAGUGUCCCCAGAGAAGCCCGAGCUCAUUGUGAUAGACACUUGCUUCACUGGUCAAACUAUUUUUGACAGUAAGAUCAUUGUGUUUAACAAGUGUGAUAAUAAUGUUGGGGUAGGACCAACAGCAAUGAAUGAUGACGGUAUUAAUGGAUGUGGGAAACAAGCGCGUCUUGUCUAUUAUUUGACCUCUCCAAUUUUUGUGUUCAUCACUGGAGCAACUCAACUGGACACAGGGGUCUUUGGCCUCCGAAUUGCCAAAAUGCCGACUAGAAACAACACUUCUCCAAGCACAGCAAAGCAUCUCUCUGUGCCAACAAGCGUCGAGGUGUUCAGUAUCCACGAAACUUCUUCUCAUUUUUUCACUUUUUACAUGCCCGCCAUUCCAGUCGAGAUAUCAACUUGUCACAAAAUCACUGACACGUCGACAAUCUUAACGCUGGACGCAAACACACCAAAUGAAAUAACAAAAACGAGUAAUUGCCCGAAUAGGCAGAAGGGGAGUUUUAUUGAGGUUUUUGGAGAUAACUAUUCUGGAGCCAAUCAGAUGCAUUCAAUCAGAGUCACGGCGGAACGACGAGGACGGUAUGUAUUAACAAUUAAAUUCAAGUCAUCUGAAACCAUACCAAUUACUAUUAGAGAACUACCAUUUUACCAUAUUUCCAAGCCGAGUGGUGAGAAGUCGAGAUCGUGUGGUGAGUAUCCAGCGGAACAAGGGACGUGGUAUGUGAUAUUAGGAACUGGCGAGGACUAUUUGAUCUCGACGUGUCAGUCGUCUGUUCUUGGUGAGAACAUCGGAACGACUGUUGAGGUAUUUGAGAACGGGAUUGACAAAGUGAGUGAUGUGAGAUGCCAGCGAGAUUCGUUUGGGUGUGGAAUACACGGACGUAUAAUGCGCAAAUUUGAAAAGAAUAAAGAGUAUUUCAUUAAGACUUCUUGUCAAGUCGAAGGACAGUGUAGCGCGACACUGCUCGUCCAAAGAAUUCUCAGAAGCUCUGAAGAGUGCAGAAGACCGAUCAUACUUGAUGUGGGACAAGGAGGAAUAGUCUCGCACAGUAAAGUGUCUUCAUUGUCACACCCGUGCCAACCCAUCAGUAUUUUUGGAAGUUGGUACAAGUUAAGGAUCAGAGAGAACGUCAAUUAUCGAUUGUAUGGAGGUGUGAUCGAUGGAUUUAAAACGUAUGGAAGUCUCAUUUCUGCAAAAACAUGUCGAGGACCGUGUGAAGAGAAAGAAGGCGUCUUUGUGAAGAAAUUGUAUAAAGGGGGAGAGUACCUUUUUAUCGUGCGAACUUCGUCGUUAUUAGUAAGUGGAGUUUCGUUGUAUGUUGUGCCCGAAAGAGAAACGUCAUGUAACGAAAUUGUGAAUGAAACGCCAUUUUCAGUGAUUGGUAUAUUAGAAAACAGAAGAGAGUAUUACACAUUUGAAGGGGAUGGGAGUGAAUACAUAAUCGAGACGUGUGGCGUUGAUACACAAGUUGACACCAUUGUGACGGUAUUUUCUUCGUGUGUUUCAACAUUGACACCAAUAGCAAUGAACGAUGACUCUUUGAUAUGUGGAGACUCUGCAUCAUUUUUGAAGCAAAAGUUCAAUGGAAAAUUUAUUGUCGCAGUGGAUGUAUCACAUAAAGCAGAUAAAAGUGUUGGCCCAUAUAGAUUGAGUGUUUACAAAGAUAUAAAGUCACCAAAUGAUGUUUGUCACAACCCGCUUCCAAUAAAAGAGGGGACUCGGUUUAUAUACACAUAUAACAACAGAUACACCACUUUCCCGGGGAUACAAAAUGUUCAGAGCAAAGGAGAGUUUUUCAAAGUAGAUACUGGAAACGCCAUUUUGGAAACAUGCAAUUCCAUUGUUAAAAGUCGAAUUGAAGUGUUUUCAAGUGAUUGCCAGGCCAUCAUCCCAUCGAGAAAAAUACUUGGGUACUGCAGGAAUGGCGAGAAAGUUAAUGUGAGGAGGGGGGACAUUGUGUUUGUAGGAGGGUAUAACGCCAUGGACAUGGGUCUGAUCCAAAUUGAAAUGUUUGAAAUGUCGCUGUGGCCGCUUGUAGUUUUGUUUGUGUUUAUUGCGACAACGGGAGCUAUUGUAUUGUUUGUGAUCGCCUUCGACAAGAUCAAGCACUUUUGCAAGAUGCUUUGCACGAAAAAUGAAAAGUAUCACGACUUCUAA